CUGCGCGGGACCCGAGCCGCGGCUCCCCGCUCGCCCCCUCGGCCCUUCCUGGGUCUGGGCCGCGGGCGGCGCGGCGGGCUGGGCCGAGUCGGGCGCGGGAGCCGCUGUCUCCUGCGGGAAAGGAGGCUGGCUCUUUGGGCGACCUCCGAUGCUUCCCUCCCGCCGGGGUGGCGUAAGCCUGUUACCCAGGUAGACUGGGGGACGCUGGAAUAUGGCGCGCUGCCCACCUUCUUGCAAGUUAGGAGGCGGCCCGAGCGGCAGCGGCGGCAGUUCGAGGAGGAGGGCGCAAAGUCCUUUUGUACGCAGAAAUAAGGAGCGACAUUGUGUUUUCUUCCACGGCUGAGAUGCUGCGGGUGGAGGAGCCUCGGUUCUUUCUGUGCCUGGGAUGGUGGUCCCCUGGGUGAGGGAGAGGGGGAGUGGCGCGACCCUCAGGAGGAACCGAACCUUUGCCACUGGAAAGACAGGGGCUCUGGAUGGCCUUGGACAUGGUUAUUAUACCACAUCCUCAGACUUUCGGGGACUCAAGGGUUUGUCCCUGCAUGGUACCCUCUUCACUGUGCAGUGAUGUCCACCGUUUCUCUCACCUGUUGUGCGCCGUUGCUGGUCCCAAAGUUUCUACAGUGCAUCUAUCUGACUGUGCUUAUCGGAACUUGAAAAUCUUAAUAUUCUUAGGGCUUCCAGUGGUGCUGCAGCCAGUUGGAGGAGCUGUUGUUUGGUCUCCAUCCCUUCCUUUAAAGCAUUUAGAGCUGAAUAUAUUAAUUGCUUACUUUAGAGCUGGUGUCGAUUGUGCUGAAGUCUUUUCUGUGGUCAGAGCAAAAUGCACAUUUUCUUAGUGUGUAGAGACAAUGUAGGGAAACUCGUAGACUGAAAGGUGGUGUGAGUGAACCUGUCAUCAGCUUUGUCCCAGGACAUUAUCUGCGGUCACAGUGAUCCUUUUCCCAUUCCAUCUCUGCCCAACCUUUAAAAAAAUUUCCUUUCCUUUGGCUGUGAACAGUAAGUUAUUGGGCUGUUCUUCAUUCAAGGGAAAAGGGAGGGAGGAUCUUGGAGAUGCUGGUUUUCUGUGUGUGUGUGUGUGUGUGUGUGUGUUAUUCAGUAGUGACCUGACUCCCUAAAAUUGUGUUUGAAUGUUCUUGACAUGUUAUCCUGUAAGGUAGUGAAAAUGUAACUGGUUCUGUUUGCCCAUCUGUGUGUAAUCUCCUUAUUUUACUGAGUGCAAAAGCAAACAAAAUAUCACAUGUAAUGUGUGCUUAUUCUUAACUUAGUUCCUAAAUUGUGUGCAGAAUUUUUGUGUCAAGGGACUUUUUUCCCCUCCAUCUGACAGAAUCUUUAUUUAGAGUCCUUUGGUCACAUCACACCUGACUUCCCCCACCCCCAUCUCAAAGUUAGUUCAUAUGAGAGAAAACGACUGUUUGCUAGUAGUGGUCAUAUUCUCACUUAGGGAGAAAAAAUGUCUCUCAUUGCCCAAGCCAGGAGUGUUCUUGGAAUAGUUUUCUUACCAGGUUUUGCGGAAAUUUAACUUCUGGACUUAGGGAUAGGUAAGGUGCCUUGUUCAGAUAUAGAAGGGAUUAAAGGAGAAAGAAUUUCAGGUUUCCCUCCCAAUUCAUGUAUAUUCCAAAUGGAACCCAAAAUUGGAGAGUUUUUUAAAUUUAAUCACAAUUAGUCAUCCAUCUCUAAUUCUACUAGGGAGCUGAAGACCCAUGAUUUAAAUACCUGAAUUUGCAUUGCCUGUAGGUUCAGCCAGACUCUUGGGUUGUCUUCAAAAAGUAUUUUAUGUGAAAGUCAAGUGGGUGACUGUUUUUAAGGGAAAUUGAAGCUCCUUGGGGGUCUGGGAUUAAUUUUUUUAUACCUCUUCUAAUAAGUAAUAAGACAUUCAGUAAAUGUUUUUUGGGGAAUAAUAAUGAUGAACAGUAAUUACUGAAAUUAACAAUUUUUUCACAAGUAUUUGAAAAGGCACGCUGAUAUUUUGGUUUCUGGAAGGACUGUGAACUGUCAGCCUUUAGAAGCACAUCCUCCAGUCCCCUGGAGAGCAGGAAGCUAUUGCAUACUUCAACAUCUCUUGUAUCUUUAGUAGAUCUUCAUGGAGGAACACGGAGUGACUCAAACCGAACACAUGGCUACGAUAGAAGCCCACGCAGUGGCCCAACAAGUACAGCAGGUCCAUGUGGCCACUUACACUGAACACAGUAUGCUGAGUGCUGAUGAAGAGUCGCCUUCUUCUCAAGAAGACACCUCUUAUGAUGAUUCAGACAUACUCAACUCCACAGCAGCUGAUGAGGUAACAGCCCAUCUGGCUGCUGCAGGUCCUGUGGGAAUGGCUGCUGCUGCUGCUGUGGCAACAGGAAAGAAACGGAAACGGCCUCAUGUAUUUGAGUCUAAUCCAUCUAUCCGGAAGAGACAGCAAACACGUUUGCUUCGAAAACUUCGAGCCACAUUAGAUGAAUAUACUACUCGAGUGGGACAGCAAGCUAUUGUCCUCUGUAUCUCGCCCUCCAAACCCAAUCCUGUCUUUAAAGUAUUCGGUGCAGCACCUUUGGAGAAUGUGGUGCGUAAGUACAAGAGCAUGAUCCUGGAAGACCUGGAGUCUGCCCUGGCAGAACACGCCCCCGUGCCACAGGAGGUUAACUCAGAGCUGCCACCUCUCACCAUUGACGGAAUUCCUGUCUCUGUGGACAAAAUGACCCAGGCCCAGCUUCGGGCAUUUAUUCCGGAGAUGCUCAAGUACUCCACCGGUCGGGGGAAACCAGGCUGGGGCAAAGAAAGCUGCAAGCCCAUCUGGUGGCCUGAAGAUAUCCCGUGGGCAAACGUCCGAAGCGAUGUUCGCACAGAAGAGCAAAAGCAGAGGGUUUCAUGGACCCAAGCACUACGGACCAUAGUUAAAAACUGUUACAAACAGCAUGGGCGAGAGGACCUUCUGUACGCGUUUGAGGAUCAGCAAACGCAAACACAGGCCACCACCACACACAGUAUAGCCCACCUUGUCCCGUCACAGACCGUAGUCCAGACCUUUAGCAACCCCGACGGCACUGUCUCACUCAUCCAGGUUGGUACAGGGGCAACGGUAGCCACAUUGGCUGACGCUUCAGAACUGCCAACCACAGUCACGGUUGCACAAGUGAAUUACUCUGCUGUGGCAGAUGGCGAGGUAGAACAAAAUUGGGCCACGUUACAAGGAGGCGAGAUGACCAUCCAGACGACGCAAGCGUCCGAGGCCACCCAGGCAGUGGCAUCGCUGGCAGAGGCCGCAGUGGCAGCUUCUCAGGAGAUGCAGCAGGGAGCGACGGUCACCAUGGCGCUCAACAGCGAAGCUGCCGCCCAUGCUGUCGCCACACUGGCCGAAGCCACCUUGCAAGGCGGGGGGCAGAUCGUCCUGUCUGGGGAAACCGCAGCAGCCGUUGGAGCACUUACUGGAGUCCAAGAUGCUAAUGGACUGGUCCAGAUCCCCGUGAGCAUGUACCAGACCGUGGUAACCAGCCUCGCCCAAGGCAACGGGCCGGUGCAGGUGGCCAUGGCCCCUGUGGCCACCAGGAUAUCAGACAGCACGGUCACCAUGGACGGCCAGGCUGUGGAGGUGGUGACGUUGGAACAGUGAUAUGCGGCCACAUCGUGGCCUCGUUUUCUAGUCUACUUCAGAAAUUUUUACACGUUUGCAGAGGUGCAAUCAAAUGGAAUGAAGUCUCUCGACUUUAGAAGAAAGUAUUGUUAACCCUUUUUUAAAAAGGAAGAAAGCAGAUUUUGGAAUUGCAUUUUUUAAAGCACCACUCUUGAUUUCCUGGGACCGGUGGAGUGAGAUACUGCGUGGUCAAUUUCACUGUCCCGAAAAAGCCAAAUUGUGGCAGGACUUCUUUCUGCGAAAAAUGUGUAUACUUAAUGUGUGUGUAUGUGUGAGUGUGAAUAUAUGUAUAUGUGUACAUACGGAGAUACACAUUUACAUAUAUAUAUAAAAUAUAUAUAUGGGUGUAUAUAUAUAUAUAUAUAUAUAUGUAUAUGUAUAUGUAUGAAACCCGCAUGGAAUUAUCUGUAUGAAAUUAAGGUGCGCUGUGGAAAAAAUAAUUCACCCAGUUUAGUGGGUGUAGGGUACGUGGCCAGACACAGUCACCUGAUUUUUGUUCAUACCAGGGUCAUGCGUUGAGCUACUGACAAACUCAGGUGGAGGUGACCGUGGCCUUCACCAAAGCUGCCUCCAAGUGGCCACCCAGAACUCUCCCUGCUGGACCCACCCGAGGAAGGACGUUCCAGAAUGGGCAGGGUCCAGCAGCUGUGCUCGUAAGGUCCAGGGGCCUCGUGGUCUGGCAGCUGAGACGCUCCUCGGGCUGGCCCAGGUGCUGACCUUGCCGCAGGCGGGUGGAUGUCCUUACGGCUCCCAGGCAGGGCCAGGAGGGUUUUCUCAGCCUCCCUUCUCCUCCCCUUCCCAGGAAACCUUCUCGAUCUCAUGACUGUUAAAACACGGCUUUGGUUUUAAGGUCAGUCCUCAAUUGGUCAUAUAUAUGAACUGAAAGUAACAGAAGUAUUAAGGGUUUGAGGAGUGUGUGCGCUGUGUGCUUGCGGGGAGAGAGCGGGAGGGGGCGGGAGGGGGAAGGAAGGAGGGAGAGAAAGACCUUCAAAGACCAGGGUACACCAGAGGGGGCAAUUUUCUCCUUCCUGUAACUUUCUGUAGCUUUACAGAGAGGAGACUGGAACUGACAGGGCACCUGGCUCGGAAGGUGGGCCAUCACCCUGGGGUCGAGGGGGCACAAGAAGAGAACAGGGCGGAGGGCGUUUCCUGGGCUCCAGGAUCCGGCCCUUUCGGAAGGGACCCUGCCGUUUUCCCAGGCGCAUCCUGGUGGGGCCCAGGCCUGCACAGCCGCUGCCUCGCGGUGCCGAUCGGUCUGGGCAUUCCGUGAACUAGUAGUCUGUGAGUUCUCAGCUGCCGCUCUGGGUCCCCGGUGGCUGAGGCCACCCGGCUUCCCAGCAGGCCAGAUCUCUGCUCCUUGAGUACAGGGACAACUCUCCCUCCCUCCUCGGCCCGAGUGUGGCUGUAUUUAAUGUUUUUUUAAUGCGACAUUAAAAGAUUAUUCAUGUCUUGCUCAGCCUUUCAGAAAAGUUUCUGAUUCUUGUAUUUGCUUGUUUUAUAUAAAAUUAUCCAAUGUUCUUUGUAUGUUUUUUUCUGUACGUAAUGGGGGGAGGGAAGGGAAAUUUACAUAUAAACAGUCCUAGUUCUACAAUUUGUUAUUUUUUUAAUUAUUAUUUUUUAUCGUCAUUGUGAAGCUGUCCAGGGGCUCUAAAGUCCUUGUUCCUUUGUGGUGAAAGAACCUCCUAAUAGUUUGAGAAAUUGCCAAGAAGAAGAAAAGCGAAACCCAAGUAGCAGAGCAUGGAUUCUGUGUUGUUUUCCAUUCUGUCUCUUACCACCUCAUUCAAUAAAUAGUUACAAACGUGGCAACA